GGUGACAUCAUUAAAGCAUUGCUUCACUCCAACGACAAUUUACUCACUUCGAAUACUUCCCUUAUACAAUAGUCUGGACUAAGUAAUUGUCAAGAUGGUCCUUGUAGAGAAUUGGAUGCCUCCCUCAAGGGAAAACUGGGAAUUGAUUGUUUGGGGAUUUCAAUGGUUUCCAUUGGUAACAAUCAUUCAAUGGGUCCAACCAUGGUACGGUGCAGGCAAGACCUCAUCAAAUAGUCGAUUCAACCUUCCAGGAAAACUGGCUUGGAUCACGAUGGAAUUGCCUGGGCUGAUGACUAUGCUGUACAUUAUGUAUACGUUGCCUAAGGAGGUGGGGUUGAAUGCCUUACCGUGGGAGAAUAAGCUGAUGGCGGGGCUUUAUACCAUACAUUACAUCAAUCGUGCUCUCAUUGGUCCUCUCAUGUCUCCUUCUAUGUCGCCUAUACACUUUAUAGUUUGGCUUGCGGCGAUUGCCUUUCAAGUCACAAAUGCUACAUCACUGGGAUGCUAUUUUGCUGGUUAUGGGCCUGUUACAAGAACUGAUUGGAAACCUAUAUCAGGGAAUCCAUAUGUAAAUGGGGCACGGAUCGAAUUAGGCAUGAUGAUAUUCUUUCUUGGUCUUGUAAGCAAUAUAUUUCAUGACGAUGAACUACGUGAAAUCAGACGCGCGGCACUUCGAAAACAAGCAGCACAGAAUGAUCCUUCAACUGGAAAAAACAAGGGCAGUGGCAAAGUCGACAAAGUUUACAUGCUUCCUCAGAAUGGUCUCUUCAACUAUAUUCUAUAUCCUCAUUAUUUCUGUGAGUGGAUCGAAUGGGCUGGAUUUUUUAUAAUGGCUGGAAGUGGUUGCGUGCCUGCAAGAAAUUUUCUUAUCAAUGAGGUGGCCACGAUGUUACCAAGAGCUUUACAAGGAAAAGCUUGGUAUGUGAAGAGGUUUGGUAGAGAGAAGGUUGGGGCAAGAAAGGCGAUAAUACCGGGGAUUUUGUGAGUCACGGAAGAAAGAUUGGCGGUGAGGAUCGUUCAUGAACAGUAAAAGUUCUCUUGGUUUUCUAGACAGGUUCGAGAAAAGUUCUAGAUGGGAUACAUUUUAAUCCCUAAUUCUAUUUUGAUACUUUCUUAGAGUGGUGCAUAGGGCAGAGACGGAAAUGGAAGGAUACACAGAAACUAGAAAUGAGUCUCGUUGAUCAGAACGAGAAUAGAAACUAGGAAAAGAGAAUUGACCAAGGAAAAGAAAGACUAAAAGUACGAGAAGCAUAAGAACAUACAUUAAGCUAUAUCAUCAGAAUGAUAUACCUCGAGAUAUCCCCUGAUCAUGGGAAGACAUUGGCCAAUGAAGGAUGAUUAUGUUUAAGCGAGAAUUCGAAACUCCACCUAGAGAGUCAGUUCUCCCGACAUCUUCAAUUGAUGCAUCACGACUCAUUUUCAGCUCGUGGCCACUUACUUGCACAGAAAGAAUUGCAAUCUCCGUUCGAAUAAUUCUAAACCUCGAUAGCAAAUUUCAAAAAGUGGCCAGAGGGUUCUCAAUCAUUAUAUGUUAUUUCAUCUUCGUAUCAACGCAUGAAUUGAACUCGAAGGCAUUGAAUUGAGUCCAUCUUAACUUUCCAAUUCCAAUUUAAGCAGAACAUUCUGCA